AUGACGGUACCCGACGCGUCCGAUGCGUCCAGACGUACGGCCAUCAAAUACGACGAUGGCAAGACACUGCUGGCUGAGGGACCGCAGGCGCUGCACGACCACGUUGCGUCGCGCAUGGAGAAAUCACUGGGCAAAGCGCUUCCGCAGAUGGAGGUGCGCUUCAAAGACGUGUCCAUUACGGCUGACAUUAUGGUGAAAGACGAGUCGAACAUCACUGUGGAGCUGCCCACUCUGAUCAACGUGAUCAAGACGGGGGUCCGCGAGCUGAGGUCCAGCAAGCACGUCGUGAAGAAGGAGAUCCUCAAGAACAUCAGCGGCGUGUUCAAGCCAGGCACCAUCACGCUCGUGCUCGGCCAGCCGGGAUCUGGCAAGUCGUCGCUCAUGAAGCUGAUCAGCGGCCGCUUCCCGGACGGCAAGAACAUCACGAUGGAGGGCGAAGUGACGUACAACGGCACACCAGCCAAGGAGAUGCGCAAGCACCUGCCGCAGUUCGUGUCCUACGUGACCCAGCGAGACAAGCACUACCCGCUCUUGACUGUAAAAGAGACGCUCGAGUUUGCGCACGCCUGUUGCGGUGGCGGUCUCUCCAAGCGUGACGAGCAGCACCUUAUCAACGGCUCGCCCGAGGAGAACAAGGCCGCGCUGGAGGCUGCGAGAGCCAUGUACAAGCACUACCCAGACAUCGUCAUCCAUCAGCUCGGACUGGACAACUGUCAGUACACCAUCGUGGGUGACGCCAUGAUCCGCGGUGUGUCGGGCGGAGAGCGCAAGCGCGUGACAACGGGCGAGAUGGAGUUCGGCAACAAGUACGUUAUGAUGAUGGACGAGAUCAGUACGGGACUCGACAGCGCCGCGACGUUCGACAUCAUCACGACCCAGCGCAGCAUUGCCAAGAAGUUCCGCAAGACGAUCGUGAUUUCGCUGCUGCAGCCGUCGCCCGAGGUCUUUCAGCUCUUCGACGAUGUCGUGAUCUUGAACGAGGGCUACGAGAUGUACCACGGACCAAGGGCUGAGGCACUGAGUUACUUCGAAGGCUUGGGCUUCAAGUGUCCGCCUCGUCGUGACGUGGCCGACUUCUUGCUGGAUCUCGGCACGGACAAGCAAGCGCAGUACGAAGUGGAAUCGGCUCGAGGUAGUUCGGUCCCGCGGUCGGCCAGCGACUUUGCCACAGCGUUCGAGCGCUCGUCCAUCUAUGACCGAAUGCGAGCAAGCCUCGAAGAUCCGGUACACCCCACCCUCGUUCAGGACAAGAAGGUGCACAUGGACAUUAUGCCAGAGUUUCACCAGAAUUUCUGGGACAGCACGUGUUUGCUGAUGACACGACAGAUCAGGGUGACGUUGCGCGACUCGGCGGCACUGUGUGGGCGCCUGUUCAUGAACACCAUCAUGGGUUUGCUGUAUGCCAGCGUCUUCUACCAAAUUGACCCGACAAACGCACAGCUGAUCAUGGGCGUCAUCUUUGCCUCGGUGCUGUGUUUGUCGCUGGGCCAGUCUGCUCAGAUCCCGACAGUCAUGGCUGCGCGCGAGGUGUUCUACAAGCAGCGUGGAGCCAACUUCUUCCGCACGGCGUCUUAUGUGCUUUCGUCGUCGGGUAGCCAGCUGCUACCAAUCAUUCUGGAGAGUGUCGUGUUCGGCUGCAUCGUGUACUGGAUGUGCGGCUUGGUUGAUACGAUCGGGGCGUUCUUGCUGUUCCUUUUGAUGCUGAUUCUGACGAACCUCGCGUUCACGGCGUUCUUCUUCUUCUUGGCUUCUGCUUCGCCGAACUUCAGCAUCGCCAACCCGAUCUCCAGUGUAUCGAUUCUGUUCCUGAUCGUGUUCGGAGGCUUCGUCAUCACGAAAGAGCAAAUUCCGGACUACCUCAUCUGGAUAUACUGGCUGAACCCGAUUGCUUGGUGCGUGCGCGCGCUGGCAGUGAACCAGUACAGGGACGACACCUUUGACACGUGCGUUUACGGCGACAUCAAUUUCUGCGAGAGCUUCAACCAGACGGCUGGCAUAUACUCGCUCGGUACAUUUGAGGUUCCGUCCGAAAAGUACUGGCUGUGGUACGGCUUCGUGUUCAUCGGUGGCGCAUACGUUUUCUUCAUGUGUCUCUCGUUCAUCGCACUGGAGUACAACCGAUAUGAGAGUCCCGAGAACGUGACAUUGACCUCGGAAAACAAGGGCGACAUUAAGGACGGAUACGGUCUGAUGCAAACGCCGCGUGGCUCAACAAACGGUGGCGGUGUUGCACUCUCUGUGGCGCCUGCCAGCGACAAGCUCUUCGUCCCGGUCACCAUCGCUUUUAAGGACCUCUGGUACAGCGUGCCGGACCCGACCAACCCGAAAGGAACGAUCGACCUGCUGAAAGGCAUUAGUGGCUACGCGCUGCCAGGUACCAUCACGGCACUCAUGGGAUCGUCGGGUGCAGGCAAGACGACGCUGAUGGAUGUCAUUGCUGGACGCAAAACGGGAGGAACGAUCGGUGGCCAUAUCCUGCUCAACGGCGUUCCUGCCACCGACCUCGCCAUCCGACGCUCGACUGGGUACUGCGAGCAAAUGGACAUCCACUGUGAGUCGGCAACAUUCCGCGAGGCGCUCACGUUCAGUGCAUUUCUCCGCCAAGGCGCUGACAUUCCCGACAGUCAGAAGUACGACUCGGUGAACGAAUGCCUGGAGCUGCUCGAUCUGCACCCAAUUGCUGAUCAGAUCGUCCGCGGCAGUUCUGUGGAGCAGAUGAAGCGACUGACGAUCGGUGUGGAGCUGGCGGCUCAGCCCAGUGUGCUUUUCCUGGACGAGCCCACGAGCGGACUGGAUGCGCGUUCCGCCAAGCUCAUCAUGGACGGCGUGCGCAAGGUGGCGAACACGGGUCGGACCAUUGUGUGCACGAUCCAUCAGCCUUCGACGGAAGUUUUCAGCGUGUUCGACAGUCUGCUACUGCUGAAGCGCGGCGGUGAGACGGUGUUUGCGGGUGAGCUGGGUGAGAACGCGUGCAAGAUGAUUGCGUACUUUGAGUCCAUCGAUGGUGUGGAGAAGCUGGACGACAACUACAACGCGGCAACGUGGAUGCUGGAGGUGAUUGGUGCGGGCGUGGGCAACAGCAACGGCGCCAAGGACUUUGUGAAGGUCUUCCGGGAGAGCAGACAGUUCGAGAUUCUGCAGGCAAAUAUGGACCGUGAUGGUGUGACUCGACCGUCGGCGGACUUGCCUGAAUUGACGUUCGCCGACAAGCGCGCUGCAACGGAGCUGGUCCAGAUGAAGAUGGUGAUGCAGCGCUUCUUCCGCAUGUACUGGCGCACGGCAUCGUUCAACUUGACACGAUUCUUCGUAUCUCUGGUGCUGGGUCUCGUCUUCGGCAUCACGUACAUCGACUCGGAGUACACAUCGUUCACUGGCAUCAACUCGGGCAUGGGCAUGUUGUACAUGGCGGUCGCGUUCCUCGGCAUCUGUUCGUUCAACAGCUCGUUGCCCAACGCUUCUCAGGAGCGUGGAAUUUUCUACCGCGAACGCGCAGCGCAGACGUACAACGCGGUCUGGUACUUCUUUGCUUCGAGUGUGGUGGAGAUCCCGUACACGUUCCUGGCCGUGAUGCUGUUCAUGACUCCUUUCUACCCAAUGGUGGGCUUCAGCGGGGCCAGUGCCUUCUUCACGUUCUGGCUUGCCAUGUCGAUGCACGUGCUGCUGCAGGCGUACAUCGGCGAGUUCCUGGUGUUCUUGCUGCCGAAUGUAGAAGUCGCCCAGAUUUUGGGCUCCCUGUUGUCACUGGUAUUCCUGCUGUUUAUGGGCUUCUCUCCCCCUGCCGGAGACCUGCCGACGGGCUACAAGUGGCUGUACCACAUCACGCCGCAGAAGUACACGUUUGCAGUCCUGGCCAGUCUCGUGUUUGGCGACUGUCCCGACAGCGGCGUGGGCGACGACGUUGGUUGCGAGCUCAUGACGAACAUGCCGCCGAACCUUCCUGCGGGUCUGACCGUGAAGAGCUACUUGGACAGUGUGUUCCUCGUGGAGCACAGCGAAAUUUGGCGCAACAACGGCAUCGUGCUGGCGUUCUUGGUGCUCUUCCGUGUGCUCACGCUGGUGGCGAUGCGCUUUGUGAACCACCAGAAGCGGUGA